ACUGAGCGUAGGAGCCCAGUGACCUGGCUUCCCAGUCAACAUGAAGGCUCUCCUCCUUCUGGGGCUUCUCGUCCUUUCUGUGACUGUCCAGGGCAAGGUCUAUAAGAGGUGUGAGUUGGCCAGAACUUUAAAGCGUCUUGGAAUGGACGGCUACCGUGGGGUCAGCCUGGCAAACUGGAUGUGUUUGAUCAAAUGGGAGAGUAAUUACAAUACAAGAGUUAAAAACUACAAUCCUGAAAGCAAAAGCACUGAUUAUGGGAUAUUCCAGAUCAAUAGUCGAUACUGGUGUAACGAUGGAAAAACCCCAGGAGCAGUGAAUGGCUGUGGCAUAUCCUGCAACGUUUUGCUACAAAAUGACAUCACUAAAGCGGUGGCUUGUGCAAAGAGGGUGGUCAGGGAUCCACAAGGCAUCAGAGCAUGGGUGGCAUGGAGAAACCGUUGUCAAAAUCAAGAUGUUUCUCUGUAUGUUAGGGGCUGUAGAGUAUAACAGCAGAAUAUUCAUUUUGCAGCUCAUUUUGCUUCUUUUACAAAUGAAGGGAGAAGUAGCUAAGGGAAAGAUCCCACUCACCUUGUUUCACCUACAAAUACCAAUCACAGAAGUUGAGCAAAUUACUUUUUUCUUGAAAGCUUUAAGUUCACUGAUGUGUUCAUUAGUUGUUAUUAACUUUACAUUUUUCAGUAGAAGAUGGAACUAAUGCUAGUGAACUCAACCAAAAUUCUUGAUUCUCAAAGACAUCUCCAGUACAUUCAGCUCUUUAGCAAUAAAGAAUUAAUCUAGAAUGGUACCAUUUUUCUAAAACAGUUUAACAACUCUUCACUGAAAAGUAUAAAACAUUUUAAGGAGCAGAAUGCCAAAGUGCUAGAACUAGAAACUGUCUGAAUUAAGAAUUUGGUGUCCAUAAUUGCUGUGACCUUUGGUUCAAGUAUUUUCGGGAAAAUGCUACAUUCAUACAGCUAUAAAAAUACACUCACACUUCAUACAUCAAUAUGCUUUACCUUGAAAGAACAUUUAGAUGGUCCUUGCAUGGUGAAGGCCUUAAAGACAGAGUAAAUGAACUAUUAUUCUUCCCUAAUUUAGAAGCACACAUUUCAACUAAAUCUAAAAUUCAUGAGCUUGCAAUACUAUUAACCACAGGAUUACGUAUAUUGUAAAAAAUAAAGAUAACAUUAUCAAUAAAAAAUGCAAUACAA